AUGCACAUGAAUAUGACUCUUAAAGAUGAACAAAUAAAUACUGACAAUGAAAAAAUAGAAAAUGAUAAUAAUAAGCAAAUCGAUCCACGUGCAAUGAUAACUCAGAUAUUAAACCCCAAUAGCUCUCAAUACGAACAUUGUACAAUAUAUCCGCUACACGAUAAAAGAAUUAAUGAAACUUCAACAAAUAUAUAUCAAAUGUUGAAGAUUAACGACAAACCGUUAGAUAAUAGAGUUACAACUUUAGAUUUGCAAUGUUUUCCAGAUAUUUACCCUUACGGUAUAAAUGGUCAACAUGAAAAAAGAGAUGUAAAACUUACGGAUUAUGAGUAUAUUAAAGCACGAUUAAAAUCAGCUGAUCCUCGAUUCCGCUUAAAUCAACAAUAUCUUUUCUUUUUAUUACAUAAUUCGAACAUUCGACAAUUAGGUCAAGGGAUUUAUCAUACAUUAAAUGUUAUAAAUCCUCGCGAACAGUACACAGCAGAAAGAUACCUACAAAAUUUAAAAAGCGGGCAGCUAGAAGCAAAUUUGAGUACCAUCUUUGCUCGACUUCGAAAUUCUGCUCAAUUUUGGAGUAAACCGAGAAAUAACUUACAUUGCAUGACUCGUCAUUAUGGUCCCGCAACAUGGUUCGUUACAGUAAGUCCCGCUGAAUGGCUAUGGCAAGAUCUGAUAGAUUACGUACGAGAAAUAAAUUCUCCAAAUUUUGAUAACUUAUCUCCUAAUGAAGUGAUCAAUGCUGAUCCAGUUUCUGUCUCUAGAUUUAUAAAUAACAAAUUUACUGCUAUUCUUGAUUUUAUUUCGUCAAGUGGUCAACCUCUUGGUAAAGUUCUUCACUAUUAUUGGCGUCUUGAAUAUCAAGGGAGAGGUAUUCAACAUCUUCAUAUGCUGAUUUGGAUAGAAGGUGCCCCAGUCAUGGGUAUUAAUAAUAAUGAUGAAGUAGCUGAAUUCAUUAUGAAGUAUGUAACCUGCAAAUUACCAAACAAAAAUAUUUCACCUACACUCCAUAGGCGUGUUACUUCACAUCAACAGCAUUAUCAUAAUGAUUAUUGUUUAAGAAAGAAAAAACUAAAAUCGAACAAAGUUGUUAAAGCUUGUAAGUUUGGAUUUCCAAGACCAAUUACUGAUAAUUUUGUACUUCGAGAUGCUGCAACAUCAAUAGCUGGACGUAGAAAGUUGAAGAGUAAGAGCCGACUUUAUGAUCUUCCUCGUACUGAUAAAGAGGCUAAUAUCAAUGAUUAUAAUCCUGCUCUUUUAAGUGUAUGGGAGGGGAAUAUGGACAUACAAUUUCUUGGCGAAAAAUCAACAUUAUUAACACAGUAUGUUACAAAAUAUGUUACGAAAGAGGAAGCUACUAAAGCAUCUGAAACAAUUAGUGAAAUUAAUUAUACUAAACCUCUUGCUCAACUUUUAUGGAAAAUAGCUUUGCGUAGUUUGAAUCAUCGGGAAAUCGGAGCUCACGAAGCAGCGGAUACUCUAUUAGGUCAUUCUCUUUAUGGAACAGAUUCCGAGACGGUAAUAAAAUGGUUAGAUGUUAAAAUGAUUAGAAAUCGAAAAUUAAAGACCAAAGACGAAAUCGAAAAAAUAAAAGAGUUAAAUCCUGAAUCAACUGAUAUAUUUUGUCCUUCACUGAUCGACGAUUAUUACCCAAAUCGCCCUGAAGAGUUAGGACCUGUAUGUUUAUACGAGUUUGCUCGAUGUCAAAAUGAUCAAAGUCGGCGUCUAGUGGAUGAAUCACAAGAGUCUGAUUCCGUUGAAAUAAAUAUUUUAGCUAAAGAGUUGAAAGAUGCUGCUGAUAAAGUAAAUAAUAAACUUACUCUUGCAGAAGUGAUCGAACAAAUGAACUCGGAUCAAUUAAAAGUUUUCGAAAAAAUAAAAGAUAUAGAUUUUACAAAUAAAAAAAUUAUGUUGUAUGUAAGUGGAGAAGGUGGUACAGGUAAAAGUUUUCUUAUUCACGUAAUUAAACGCUGGGUGAAGGAAAAACUAAACCAGGAAACAAUUGUAACAGCUCCCACAGGCAUCGCCGCUUUUAACAUUGAUGGUCUUACGGUACAUAGAGUAUUCCAGUUGCCUGUUGAACAUGGCUCUACUCCGAAGUAUACACAAUUAUCAGAUAUCGCUUUAAAAAUGCUAAGAGAUCAACUAAAAGAUGUUUCUUUAAUUAUUAUUGAUGAAAUAUCGAUGAUUUCUAAUGUAACAUUACUUUACAUACAUCUAAGAUUAGUUAGCAUAUUUAAUGUUGAUGAAUGGUUUGGAGGACGACACAUAAUUGUUUUUGGUGACUUACUUCAACUUCCUCCAGUACAUGAAGAUCCUACGUACAAAAUUUUAGCAUUUUCAGACGUGGAAAAAUUAGUUGGAUCUCUAAGUUAUAGUAAUUUAUGGACUGAUUUAUUUAAUUACGAAGAAUUAACUAUAAACAUGCGUCAGAAAGCUGAUAAAUCAUAUGCUGAGUUAUUGUCUAGAAUGCGUAUAGGAGCAGUUACUGCCGAUGAUAUAAAGUUAUUAGAGAAAAGAAAAAUUAAUAUCGAUAGUUCAUUAUCAUAUCACGAUAGACUGAAUGAAAUUUGUAAUUACAUCAACAAACUACCAUCGGAUACAGUUUGCUUAGUACCUACCUGUAAUCAAUGUGACUUAAUUAAUUCCGUAAUGUUAGAUAGGAUUCAAUCUGAAGAAAUUGUACUUACUGCCAAUGAUCAUAUAGAUUGUCCUAAAUUUCUAAAAAAGAAAGCAGCUAAUAUUUUGAGUUCGAUUGAAGAAGAUGCAAGCCGAAGCGCUGGACUGCCAAAAAUAAUCAAAAUAAAAGUGGGUGUAAAAGUAAUGUUAAGACGUAAUAUUGACGUUACAUUGGGUUUAGUCAAUGGUGCUAUUGGUACUGUGAAGUCAAUUUCCAAAUCUAUUGAGAGUAAUCAAAUUCAGUUUAUUAAUAUAGAUUUUGCAACUGGUACAGAAUAUGCUAUUGAAAGAAUCAAAGUAAAAUUUUUAAUUUCAGAUAAAGCUUUUGUCGUAAGAGAACAGUUCCCGUUAUGUUUGAGCUAUGCUGUUACGAUCCAUAAAAGUCAAGGUUUAAGUUUAAAAAAUGCUGUGAUUGAAGCUGGCAAUACUAUUUUUAAUGCUGGUCAAUCUUACGUAGCAUUCUCCCGAGUAACAAAAAUUGAAGGAAUACAUUUAAUAAAUUUCGAUCCGUAUUCAAUUAAAGCAAAUACAGAGGCAAUUGUAGAGUAUAAUCGGUUAAGAAAAACUUAUAGAGCUGAUCUCCCAGUCCUUUUAAUUACAAAAAGACGUUGGUCUAAAGUAUGGGAUUUAAUUUGGGGAGUUGAAAAAUAUUUCGAUCAAAGUAAACAACAAAAUAUAAUUAAAAGAAAGUCAUGUAUUGAUUUCUUCAAAUUCCAUGGUAUAGAAAAUAGCGAUGACAAUGAAAUAAAUCGCUAUAGUGCAAUAAUAAAAAACAAAUCAGCUUGGAUAGAAUUAGAUGAUUUAAAUGUUAAAUCAAUACGAUGGCCAACAAAUUCAAAAAAUGCCUGCAUACUAUUUCUUGAAAAGAAAUGA